ACCUCGUAGCUUGCGGCAGUCACGCUACUGCGGCCGACGGCUACGGUCGUCGCUACGUCGUCGCGACCAGAACCAGCUACGCGACGUAAUGUUGUGUACGGUGGCUUUCUUGGCAAUGUUUGCCUUGGUCCAAGGACGAGCGGUGAACAUCAGCAACACAUGGGUGCUCCCCGAGGAAGGUUUCCCUGUGUUCUACCGCUACUUCAGGGACCGCAUUUCGUGGUACGAGGCAGAUGCUGUCUGUCAGUUCCAUCACGCUAACCUAGUUACAGUGGAUACUACGGCACAGUAUGACGCAGUACGAGCCUAUCUGAAAGAAUUGGACAUCUCGAGCGCUGUUUGGGUCGGCCUCAUUCGCAGCAAUCCCGACGGAGACUUCACUUGGACUGAUUAUCGUGGACUGAGCGGCGACGGAUAUUGGAGUUCAGCACCGGACGGAGGCGCGGCUCCUUUGUGUGCUGCUGCCGACCCUGCCGCCGACUACCGCUGGGAGGCCAGGGCCUGUGGUGGGCCCACCGUGGCUUCGUUUAUAUGUGAACUACCUGUACCGCAAUGGGCGUUAGGCAAUGAAGGAUGUAUGGUGCGAGCUCUGCCGGCCCUGACUAUCUUGUACCUGCCCGAAAGCGCUGCUGUGCAACUUACGGCGGAUUGCGGACUGGCUGGCGUCAAACGAGUUCAAUGCACCGGAAACGUGAAACGCGAAGAACUGCUACGUGAUUUAUCAUGUUCCCAAGAUGAAGACUCUUCUACGACUCCGAACUUGUUGUCCACUAGUACCAACUGGCCUGUGACCACAGAUGCUAUAUUUACCGACGAAGAUUCCAAUAAAGAAGGUAGUACUGAAGAGACCAUCACAACUGAACACGAAGAUGAUAUCAAUCAACCAAACGUGAUGACAAAAACUUCUACAUCACCAGAAAUUGCGACAUUCUAUAACUUACCAAUGAAAUUAGCAGACCGUAACAAAUUUAAUAGGGUUAUUUUAGAGAAAAAUAUUAAUCUAAAUAUAAACCCAAAUAAUUCACAAAGUAAUUAUAUUCCCAAAAUAGCCAGUGAAGACAAUAUGCUUAGUAGCAGUGAGUUGGACAAACUAGAAGACGAAAAACACAUGCAACAUAAAAUGUUACAUGAAGAGAUUGCACGACUUGGGAACUUAGACAAUAUAUUUACGCAGCCUACGGACCAUUUCGUACCGCCCCUCGUAAUGGCAAAAGCAAAAAUAAGUGACGACAUGACUGUGUUAUCGCUUGCAGAAAAACAUGCUCAACAACUUGCUGAGCAACAGUUUAUAAAACAUAGUAGCCAGAAAGAAUCAGGUUUAGAAAACGCUGAUUUCUUAAAGUUAACUACAAAUGGUCUCAACCGAGAAUUUUCUCUUGAAUUGCUUACAACGUCUACAGCUUCAGCUAUAUUUAAAGAUAAUGAAAAGAAGGACAUAAAUAAACAUACAGUACCUAAAAAAUAUCACGAUAAAUAUAAUGAACUAAAAACAAAGUCACUUAAAGCUAUGGAUUUGAAAUUGGCAACAAGUCAUAAAAUUACUGAAACAUCCACCCAAACUCAAAGUACAAUCAAAGCACACGAAACAUCCACUACCAUUGUUAGUACUCUGCAAGAAGAUAAAGAGAAGCAAGCCGAUGAAAGACCUUCCAUCGAUCUUACUGUAAUAAUUAAGGAUGAUGAAGAAAAAGAAGAUGAAAAAACAUUUUAUGCGAACUUUACUGGAGACGUUCCUAAACUAGAAAACUUUCGGAACAACACAUUAAUAUACAGCAAUGAUAAGGACAGUACAACAUCAGAAAAACCAAAUCCAACACAAUCUGCUGUGACAGAAUCUUUGCCGGUGAAUACGACAGAUAUCCAAAAUAUAACAUUGAAUCAUGAAACAGUAAAAAUAACCAUAAUUACAGACGAAAAAUCUACAGUUACGCCAACGGUGUUUGAAAUCGCAACCAUGGUUCCGAUAUUCCAUAAUGAUACCAAUAAUAUGGUCACCGCUGUAGACCGUAGUACACUUAAAGUCAAUAAUACAGGCGAUGAAAUAGACAAACCACUACAAAAAAUAUCAACUAUUGUAGACUCUGAAUUGCACAAAGAUAUUUUCGAUACAGCGCAAUCUACGGACUUGUCAAGUACCACAGUAAAUGCAAACUAUAGCAGCUAUCAUGUUGUUCCCGAGCUGAAACAAUCCACAUCUAACCAGAGUGAAUUAACAUCUCCCACUAUUCCUCCACUUAUUUCUACUACAGCAGUAUACAAUGUAAAUGAAAUAGCUAAUGUCUCUCAUGAUGGUAUUAUACCGGAUGUUAUAUAUUCAACCAAAGAUGCGGUGUAUGAAAUUAAUGUCGCGGACGACCACGAUUUCAAGAACAACACAACAGAUACCGACGGUAUAGACGACUUUCAAUCACCUCUACUAUCCGGAGCUAAUGAACCCAUUGCCCGACCAACUAGGUCGAGAAGACCGCAGACACCCAAUCGGAAUAAAUUUAACCCGUUUCGUAUAUUAGGCUAAAUAUAACAAUGAGCGUAUUGAUUCGACUGCCACAUUAUGAAUUUUAGUGACGACUGAAGAAUAUCUACAACUUCUAUUAGUUCUAGUGAACACGAUCACAUUACUAUGUGAUGGCACGGUGCACUUAGUUGACAUUUAAUAAUUACGUUAUCAUUGUUAGCAUACGUGUUAGGAAUUUUAGACAGCUGCUUCAUGAACAAUAAUUUUAUCAACGCAAUUUUUAUGCUUCAUUUUUAUUGAGCUUCACGUAUCAUAGAAUAGUGGUGACCUAGUCAAUUCACGUAUUUCUAAUAGCAUAGCUAUAUCCUUAGUGGUAAGCUACCAUGAAAUCUAGAUUGUUUAGUCACAUUCGCCAAAACAUUUUACCGGAAAAUAAUUAUUAAUAUAUAAUAUAUUUCACAAUACUUAGAAUAAAUUUAUUUUAAGUUUAUUCCUAUGAGUACAUAGUGUGCCACCUGAAAUAACUUAAAUCUUUGGUAAUUCGCCAAGACACUAUUGUAUUCGGCCAAAAUUGUACGGGUUUUGGUUUGAUAUCCCUUAAAAAUAUUAUUUCUUCGUUAAUGAAAUCCAGGAAAACAGUUUUCGUUUAAAUCAAAACACAUUAAAACUGAUUGAGAAUAUAAUAUACAAGUGUGUGCGUUUAACGAAAUUAUCAAACCAUAUCAUUUUAGGAUAAGAAAUAACAUUUAGUCUAAUGUAUUUUAUGGUAUAUUACAUUUGAAUUAUAAGUUCGUUAUGCACAACAAAAUUGUCACAAUAUAAUAUCAUAUAUCUUUUAUUUAUAUGUUAAGUUCUAGUACUAAAUCUACGACAGCUAAUCAACUAUAGAUGAAAAAUUGAAGACGUAUUUAAGUUAAAUUUUUUGCCAGAA